AGAUCUUCGCUUUUUUGCUAUACCCCUAUUCUCUCAUUCUCUCUCUUUCUUUCUCCUUGAAGCAAAGCUUUGCUUUUUUAAACACAAAUUAUGAACAAGGAAAACAGACGCAUCUAUUCUCAUCAUCGUUCAUCUCAAGGACAAGGAAAACUAGAGCCCUUAAGAGUCAAUCUUCCCGUACAAAGACAGAUCAUCUCAACUGAAGAGCAGCCUCAACAAAGAAAAGCUUUACAACCAGCGGUAACCAAUACCGAUCGCGCUUCUAUCAGAGUUCAGCAUAGACCAGAUCCAACCAAGUCUAAAAAGCGAGUUGCCUCUGAGUUAGUCGAUGAACGAUCAGUACCCAGCAUUAUUCAUGAUGUCAAACGAAACUUGAAAUAUCAAAAACAUGAAUGUAUUGGCCUGGGAGGCUUUGCAAAGGUUUUUAGAGUUACGAAUGAACAUGGAAAGGAAUAUGCAGCCAAAGUGAUAGCAAAGGCAUCUUUAUCGGAUAAAAAGCGUAAAGAAAAGCUUUUAGCAGAGAUCAAUAUUCAUCGAUCGUUGCUUCAUGAAUAUAUCGUACAGUAUCACAGCUGCUUUGAAGAUAAAUCAUAUGUAUAUAUCAUUACGGAAUACUGUCAAAAUGAAACGUUGAAUGCAAUGUUGGUUAGGAGAAGAAAGCUAACAGAAGACGAAGUUCGUUAUACUAUGGGACAGAUAUUAUCAGCAGUGCGAUACAUAUCCGACAACCGCAUUGUGCAUCGAGAUAUCAAGCUUGGCAAUGUGUUUUUAGAUAAAAACAUGAACUGUAAGUUGGGGGAUUUUGGUCUUUCAGCUCGUCUGGUGAAUGAAUUUGAUCGUAGAAAAACAACUUGUGGUACACCUCACUACAUUGCGCCGGAGAUCCUUUUUGAUUCCACUGGCCAUAAUCAUAGAGCUGAUAUGUGGUCUGCUGGAGUCUUGAUGUACACUCUUUUAUUUGGAAAGCAUCCAUUUCAUCACGAUGAGCGUAGAAAACUAUAUCAAAUCGUAAAACAGAACAAGGAUAGUAAUACAUUUAGCUUUCCUGCAGAAGAUUUUCAUGUCUCAGCAGAUGCCAAAAACUUGAUUUCUUCAUUAUUAGUGAAUAAUCCCGAUCUUCGACUUACUGUCACGCAAGCCCUGAAGCAUCCUUUCUUUUUGUCGCACAAGAUUCCUGAGAAUUUACCAAGAGAUGCUCUAUUUAAGCAGCCUUCUCACAAAAGUUUAUAUCCGAGCGAAUACAACAACACAUCUUCACAAUCUAAAGUGGCUGAUUCUAUACGACAUGCCGCAAAUGAAAAUGAAAGUUAUGUUGAUCAAAGUAUACAACCACCCUUAGAAUUACUUGAAGAGGUUGUCCUGGAUCAUCGUACACAUUUCCCUAUUAAGCAAACACUAUCUCAUACUUCGCGUAUGGUUAUACCCAAACCCAAUAUACCCAGUGCGUCGCUGAAAAGGAAAUAUAGUAACAUGGACAAGGCUGUUUCAUCAUCUGCAGCUAAAAGGAUCAAUACUCUUAAUAGUAAUACGAAUGGCACCAAUUCUGUUGCUGUUAUCGCACGACAAGAUAUACCGAUCCAUGAUGCUACAGCGCAUAUGGAUACGACAAAAGAUAGUUCAACAAAGCGUGCAAAUGCCCCUGCUACUACAACAAAGAAUAUUACAGAGCCAGCAAUAGAACAGAUAUCAAAGCAGAGUAAAGCACAAACAGGUCGAAAACCAAUUAUAGAGGAAAUGGCUGAGAAAUUGAAAAUUAUGAUUGAAAGAAAAGAGAUAAGGCCUGUUCCUAAUAAUAAUGAGAUUGAGAAUUAUAAGGAAGGAAAACUUGAAUGGAACAGAGGAAAUGUAUUUAUCAAAAGCUGGCUAGACGGAUCAAAAAGAUAUGGCUUUUGUUAUUGUUUGAGUGAUGACACUUUGGGCGCUUUGUAUAAUGACGGCUCAACCUUAACUACACAUGAUGAAAAGCACUAUUAUUAUCUUUAUCAACAGCAACACUCUACGGGCUAUAUUGAAUCUACGUAUACGCACGAUCAGUUUCCUGCUAACUUAGAAAAGAAACGUCAUAUAUUACAGCAAUUCAAGUAUUAUAAUGUAACCAACUUGGAUGUAGAUUAUGGAACGCCCAAGGCAAGUUAUCCUACAGGCACGCAUGUUCUGAAGUAUGCUGUGGAUAAAAAUGCUAUAUCAUUUAAAUUAAACAAUGGUGUUGUGCAGUUUAACUUUUUUAAUCACAACAAGCUGAUUCUGUACGAUGGAGGGAGAAAACUAGUGUUUAUAGAUGAAAACAAAAGUCUAUCACAUCACCAUACGAUAGAUGCUCUGUAUUCAGAUAAUCAGUCUCUCAUUGAGUGUAUUAAGAGCGGAUAUCAAAUAAUAAAGGCACAGAAUGAGAUACGUCUGGAAGUACUACGAAAUGAGAGAUGGAAAAGGUAUAAAAAGCUUAACACAGUACCUUUACGAUAAAAAUCAAAAGAAAUAUCGAGACUGGCAGUAUUCAAGAAAGCAGAUGGCUACUUUUAAAUUAUUUAUCAACGAAUAAAUCCUAAUACACACAAAGAAAAAAGUAC